AUGUCAACCUCCGCGUCCACCAAACCGUCCAAGCCCACCAAGGAACAGUUCUUGAGAAUCAGGGAGCUCCUCCAUCAUCAUGGCAAGAGAUAUAUCCAGGCUGAAUUGCGCUUCAGCCCCAACAAUCGCCCAGAGGAGUGGGACGAGAUUAUUAAAAAAGCCGACGCCCGGGAUGUGAGCACCGAGAAGAAUAUGGACGAGAAGGCGACGGCCGAGCUCGAGCGCUUCCAGAACAGUGGUCUGUCCUACGACCAAGCCCAAGCCGAAAUUACCAGGCUAGAUAAUGCCUGCAAGGAAGAAAACCCCACCCUUAGCCGGUCUUUCGAGGUCGCCGACGAAUCAGCGGCGCUGGUGGGCCCAGAUUUGGUCCACGAGUCGUGGAAGAGGUUGGCGGACUUUUACCUCACAGACAUGGAGGUGGAACUUUUCCAAAGGAGAGGUGUUCAGUCUGUGCCUUACAGAAACAAGAAGUAUGAGGAAGGGAUAGAGUCAGAGGAACAGCUGGGUUUGGGCGAAACCGAGUGGCUUAGACUCCAAAUUGAUGCGUUGCAGCGCAUCAUCAACGGCACAGAAGAUGUAGGACGACCCACCUUCAGCCCAUCGGUUCUUUGGUGGUACCAGGACGCCAUCUGGCUUAGCGAACUCGACAGGUUCAUCAUCAGAUUGAGGAUCACGUGCCUCAACCUUAACAUCUAUUCGGUGCAAUUGGCGGCCACGUACCCUCAUCCUAAUGACGACCUGGAGGAGUUGGCGAAAGCACAGGAAAUCUUCUUUACCAAAUGGGUCUUGCCGCAAAGGAUGUCAUCAAGAUGA